AUCAUUAUUACGGCAGCCACCAAAAAAAUUUAUAUCUGCUACUUUGUUUUCUCCAAUAAUUUUUUUUUUUAUAUUUUUUUUUUUCCAUCCGUUCACAUAUUUCUUUCCAUCUUUUUUCUUUACCUAUCUUAUCCCAGACUAUACUUACAAAGAUAAUUCCUUAUUACUAUUAAUGGCACCCAUUAUACCAAUUUCCUCCCCUAUCGGCGCCGGCUACUGGGGCGACAUCACAGCGUCCGUCGACUGGUGCGAAGAGAACUACACAUGGACCCCCUACAUCGCCGAAUUCUUCAACAGCUGGUCAUCUGUCUCCAUGAUACUCCUCGGCGAAGCCUGCGCCCGUAUGAACCCAACCAACCACCGCGGCUUCACUCUUCUAGGCCGCUCCAUCACCAUUGUCGGUCUUGGAAGCUGGCUCUUCCACGCUACACUAAAGUACUCCAUGCAAAUGACCGACGAACUACCCAUGCUCUGGGCCAUCUCCAUAGCCUGCUACCUAACAAUAACCACUCAGUACAAGAAUGUGGAUGAGCAGAAACUUAAAUGGGCUUUGGUUCUGUGGACUGCCUUGGUGUCCUUGUUUACUGCUGGGUUUAGUGGCAAGUUGCAGUUCUUUUUGUUCCAAGCGAGUUUCAAUGGGCUUUCUCUUGUUAUGGUGUAUUUGUGCUGGCGCGCUAAGCGCGAAUUGGAGGAGGCUGGGAUGAGUCAUGUUGCUGGGCUGUUCGCUAGGGGUGCAAAGUGCUAUGGUGUGGCUGCGGCGUUUUGGCUCGUGGACACUAAUUUAUGCUCAUAUGUUAAUGGUCAGGAGGGCUCCGUUCUGCCAUUUAAUGUGCAGUUACAUGCAUGGUGGCAUGUGCUGGCGUCGUUGGGCCUCGUUUACUUGGUCAUUUUGAUGAUGGGACAUUACUGCUUCGUCAGGAAUAUUCCCUUCAAGUUGAGAAAUAUCUGUGUUAUUUUUCCAUAUAUCCAUGCAAACUAGUUUUUUUUUGUGAAACAAAUAAUAAUAUACCUUUUUUCAUUUUACAUUUUUUUGCUUACAGGUUGCUGUUUUAAAUUUAUUCAUUACAGAUCA